AUGCAUCAUAGCGAGUUUCAUAAGUAUGAUGCGGCUCUCUAUCAGCUGCUUAACUAUAUGCAUAGUGAUGAAACGGACGUCACACUAAAACCUCCCUUGCGUCAAAGGGACACACGAGAGAUCCAUAAAGAUCUUUACUACAGACGAGUGAUUUCAUGGUGGAAUAAGUCUAAAGCUCUUCACGAUAUUUACAUCAAGAACGAUGCCUACAUGGCGACACUAUCAUUUAUAGAUAGCGAGGACCUCAAUUGGACGAUCUUAUCUUUGUAUAAUCAAGCCAGAAUUCCUGAUGAAUUCGCCUCGUCUCUACCGAAGGGGAAGAGACUCCGUCCUAUAUCAAAAGGUAGAUUCUAUCGUGCGGUAAUGGGUCGGUUUCUCGAUGCGAAAGCGCUGCAGUUUUCUCGUCUUUUCCCGGAUUAUGAGGAAUCUAGACAAUGGCAAGACAGUCUUGCUGCGACUUGGUCGAAUUAUCAUCUUCGCUCCUUUCGGGAGUCACUAGAAAUUCUCGAAAUUUUUGACUUUACAUAUUUUUUACUUUCUAAUGCACUUAGGGUUGGCAUGAUUCCGGAAAUUGGAAAUGAUAUUCCGAGAGUCAUAUUCCAUUGGGCUAUUGCUAUUGAGCAUCUCCAGGCAGCCUUGACGCCGUUUGAUAUUCUAUCUUUACUUGCAUCCCCCUCAACAUUAAGUGAAUCUCGAUAUCUGUCAGAACUCUUCAGUCAAGCAAAGUUUCUAGGAAUGUGCGAAGCUGAGGAUGAUGUGGCACACAAGCUGAAACUUGAGAACUCUUCUAUACAAUGGCGCCUUUAUCGUGGCUUUCGUUGGCGACUUGCUGUUCGAGGGCGAUGCUUCUCUGAUUCAUUUGAUGAAGAGCGUGUCGCUCACGAUAUUCGACAAUUUGAGCUGGAUGAACAGUAUAGACGACGGCCAGAGCAAGAGCAACCUGAAUUGAGGUAUUGGUGGCAAGACCUGUAUCAGUCUUCUAACCAUGAAGAAAAUGCCGCUCUCUCUGCCAGUUUCCCUGAAAAUUCCGCUCUCUCUGUCAAUUUUCGUGAAACUUGGGUCAUUGAAGAUGGAUCAAGCCAAGCAGAGGUUUUCGCCGUGUUGAAUGCAUUUGAAGAGUAUUAUGUUGCGUAA